AGACACUGAACUACUGAGCUAUACUCUGAACAGACAGAACCUGAUCUAGAAUUAUGCUGUUACAGCCAGUCUGGAACUUCCUGCUAGGACACUCGUCCCUCCUGCGCUCCCCCUUCUUCCAGGUCUUUUUCUCCCUGACUGUGUACCUGAUCUUCUGCCUGCCAUUCCUGCUGCUGGACCUGCUCUCAUCCAGGUGGAGCUUGGUGCGCAGGUACAAGUUACAACCUCAGAGCUCCGUGAACUGGACCACGGUAAAAAGCUGCCUGGCUCUGAACCUCUAUAACCACCUGGUCUUCAUCUUCCCCCUCACUGUGCUCAACUGGUACCUGCGACCAGUGGUGCUGCCCCAGGAGGCUCCACCCCUACCUCAAAUGGUAGCUCAGGUCCUCGUCUGCCUGCUCCUUUUUGACUUUCAGAGCUUCAUUUGGCACCUGCUCCACCACAAGGUGCCUUGGUUAUAUCGCACCUUUCACAAGCUGCACCACACCUACACCUCCACCUCAGCACUGACUGCAGAGUACUCCGGGGCCUGGGAAAUACUGAGUUUGGGCCUGUUUGCUGCUGUCAACCCUUUGUUGCUGGGCUGCCAUCCCCUCACAGAGAUGCUCUUCUUCAUUGUGAACAUUUGGCUGUCAGUGGAGGACCACUGUGGUUAUGAUUUACCCUGGGCCACACACCGUCUGAUACCUUUCGGCCUGUAUGGUGGCGCACGCCACCAUGACCUCCACCACCUUAAGUCGAAAUGCAACUUUGCACCUUACUUCACACAUUGGGACCGUUUGGCCGGGACGCUGUACACAUAGGACUGAGCUAUGGGGACGAAGUGUACCUGAAUGCAUCUAAGCUUAGACUGUCUCAAGAUGUCCAGACGCAGACAUUCAUGGAGUGAUAAAGACUGUAAACUGAUGGGCCAGUACUGAAGUUCUCUUUUUUUAGCUGCAAUAAUUAUUGAUGUAUUUAUUACUUGUCAAAGCUUUGAGCCAGACUUAAAGCUUCCAGUAAUGUGUGGAAAUUCUGUCAGUCUUCAUGUGGAGCUGUGGAGCACAACUUCAUAGACUGAAGUUGUGAUCCAGGUUCUGUUUCUUUAAAGACUUUUGAUGUAGUUUAAAGUUGAUCUUGAAACAGUCAGAAGACCUGCACAGUUAGUGUAGUUUUAUACACACCUCUUAGUCCCUAGAGGAAGGAAUUUGAACAAAGAUCAAGAAUAAGUUGAGAGGGAAGCUGCAGGGCAGGAGGAGGAAGGAUAUGACAAAACAUGAGAAAUUAAGCAGAGGAGGAUGAGGAAUGAUGAGGUAUAUUAUGUAAUUUAUUGGAAUUCAUUAGAAGGAAAUAGUGUUUGAAGGAAAUUGUGAAAUCUACUGUGAAAAUGUAAAAGAAGUAAUGGACUGAGAAAAGAAAUCAAAUAAAUGUUCCUGUUGUAAACUA